ACGUUUCUUCUUCUCCACGAAGAAGCCGCAUCUGCCGGGCAGCGGCGCCGCCAUGUUGGACAGUGACGUAGUGACGAUGCGUGCUGCGUUCGAGUGCUCAUCCAACUGUAGGAAACACUAAAACACAUACAACAGAAGCGGGGCGGGGCUAACGAUCGGUCGACGUGUCGACGUCACUCGUGGACUGUCCGAAACCAUGAUGGCGGCGGCAGCAGCAGCAGCGGAGCGGGGCGGCGGUCCCGGAGCUUCUUCUCCCGGUUCCCCCGGACCCGCGGCGGCGGCGGCGGAUUACUCGGUGCUCGUGGUGGUCGGGGCGCUGCGGACCACCGGCCUGCUGGAGCGGAUCCUGCGCCAGAUAGAGUCCGGCGUGCGCUGCUGGCCCGUUGAUCUGGAUGUUUCUGUUCUGGAUCAGCAGCUCAAACUCUUCGUGUCCAGACACUCAGCCUUCCUGUCAGAGGACGUCCCAGGUCAGAGGACGCUGCAGCACCGCGGAGACGUUCUGGACACUCAGGUCAUCAUCAACCCAGCACACGACUUCGUCUGCUCCGAGGUGCGGCGGCUGGUCUGUGAGCCGUCCAGACAUAAGUUGGUGGUUCUGGCGGGUCAGUGUGUGGAAGAGUCCGGAGACAUCGUGCUGCAGCAAGGAGGCUUCUCUCUCAGAGACUUCAUCCACAUCUUCACUGAUGAAGAGGUGCGAGAGUUGUUGUGCGGUUCUGACCCGGUCCUGAAGCCCGUCCUGACCCUCAGCUGUCCAGAGAUCGGCUCGUGGAAGCGCUCGGCGCUGCAGGAAGCCGUAACCACGGCAACCCUGCACCAGGACUACAUUCGGAUCCAUAUCAACCCGGACCCGGUUCUGCCGGACAUGGAGGGUCUGCACGAGUUCACGGAGUACCUGUCUGAGUCCCUGGAGGCGGAGUCUCUGUUCGCCCUGCUGCCCCCCCCCAGCACAGUGGGCUUCCUGAAGCUGUGGCGCCCGUGCUGCUACAUCUUCCCCGGUGGGCGCGGCGACUCGGCGUUCUUCGCCGUGAACGGGUUCAACGUGCUGGUGAACGGCGGCUCGGACGCACGGUCCUGCUUCUGGAAGCUGGUGCGCCACCUGGACCGGGUCGACUCGGUGCUGCUGACCCACGCCGGCGUGGACAACCUGCCCGGCGUCAACAGCCUGCUGCAGAGGAAGGUCGCAGAGAUGGAGGACCGCUCGGCCGCCGAGACGCACGGCCAGGACGACUGCAGCCCGACCGAUUGGAUGAAGCAGAAGAACCUGGUUUCCCCUGAGAUUGGCGUAGUUUUCCUCAACGUUCCCGACAGACUCAAGUCGGCGCCGGCGGCCGAUCCCGGCGAGCUGCGCAGCUGUGACCAGGCAGCGCUCGCUCUGCAGCUUCUACACACGCUGGGAAUCAAACCGACGCCCCUCAGCCGGGCCAGUGGGCCCGCCAUAGAGCCCGUCAUCCUGUUCCAGAAGAUGGGAGUGGGCCGCCUGGAGCUGUACCCUCUGAACCCCGUCAGCGGCAGCAAGGACCUCCAGGCCUUCACGCAGACCUGGCCCACGGGCUCGGGCCUCCAGUUGCCGUGCCUGGUGUCCAUCUGUGCUCUGCUGGUCUGGCAUCCCGCCAGCCCGGUGGAGAAGAUCAUCCGGGUUCUGUUCCCGGGCUGCACGCCCCAGAACCAGAUCCUGGACGGGCUCGAUAAGCUCCAACAUCUGGAGUUCCUCAAGCACCCGACCGUGUGUUCCAGAGACCUGGAAACGCCCAGGACGGCCACCGAGAAGCAACCGAGGCGAGCCGAGAGUCGGGAGAGCCUCAAGUCCCAGUCGAAGGACUCGAGGGCCAGCAGUGGCGCCGCCGCGCAGAAAGACAAGCCGCCACGGCAGGAAGUGAAGAAACAAGAAGUGAAGACGAAGCCCAAGGCAGCCGGAGACGCCGCGCCGAAAGACGGGGAAGAGAAACAGAUGAAGAUAAAGGAGGCAGACGCUAAAACAAGGCUGCCGAAAGCUGCAGAGAAACUGGCUCCAAAUCCAAAGAAAGACUUGUCAAAGGAAGAGAAAAAGAAGGACGAGAAGAUCGCCGUUGUAAAGAAAGACGAGAGCGCCGAGAAGAAGAGAGAACUGGUAAAGAAAGACGAGAGCGCCGAGAAGAAGAGAGAACUGGUAAAGAAAGACGAGAGCGCCGAGAAGAAGAGAGAACUGAUAAAGAAAGACGAGAGCGCAGAGAAGAAGAGAGAACUGAUAAAGAAAGACGAGAGCGCAGAGAAGAAGAGAGAACUGAUAAAGAAAGACGAGAGCGCAGAGAAGAAGAGAGAACUGAUAAAGAAAGACGAGAGCGCAGAGAAGAAGAGAGAACCGGUAAAGAAAGACGAGAGCACAGAGAAGAAGAGAGAACCGGUAAAGAAAGACGAGAGCACAGAGAAGAAGAGAGAACCGGUAAAGAAAGACGAGAGCACAGAGAAGAAGAGAGAACCGGUAAAGAAAGAAACUUUUAUCACCAAACCAAAGAAAGACAUCAAAGCCGAACCAAAGAAAGACCCGAAGAAGGAUGUGAAAACGGAGGAGAAGAAACCAGCCAAAGCAGCCGUUAAAGAAGUGAAGAAGACGGCGAGUGAAAGAGUGUUGAGUGCAGAAGUGAAGAAGAAGAGCGGGACUCUGAAGAAAGACGGGACUCUUCUGAAGAAAGACUCUUUAAGUAAAGGCGCCAAAGUCCAUGAUCUCUUUUUGAACAGCGCGGCGGCGAGGACUAACGGGAAGCAGGUCUCUGCUGGUCAGAGUCUGGAGGAGACGGACCGGGCUCUGGGUCAGAGUCUGGAGGAGACGGACCGGGCUCUGGGUCGGGCUUCUGCAGAACCGGCGGGUCUCCAGGACGCCGGAAGUUUAGGAGAAGACGCCAUUUUGUGUCUGAGUCCCUUCAGAAACCUCACGGGCGACUCCUGGAGCUCCGUGCCGUCUCUGCCAGCUGAGAUCACGUCUCCUCACUCUACGGAAGUCGACGAGUCUCUGUCGGUGUCUUUGGAGCACGCCGCGUCGCCCCGAGCAACCGCCGGAGACGGAGACAGAGUCUGCUCUAACGGACACGUUAGCGACUCGGACGGCGCGCCUCUGGGAUCAAACCGUAACCGUGGAAACGGACCGGAGGAACACGGGAUCCACGGGAUGCCGGAGAUCGUCUCGGACGUUCCCCACGAUGUCGACCUCUGUCUGGUGUCGCCAUGCGAGUUCCAGCACCCGAGGACGCCAGAGAGCCGCCAGCAGCAUGCUAGCAACGUUAGCAACGUUAGCAACGUUAGCAACGUUAGCCCCGGCCCCAACGCCUCAGACGACAACAACAACAACAACAACAACAGCCACUCACAGGAUCAGAACAGCAGCGACUUCCCUUCGGCCUUCAGCCAGGAGACUCCGCCCACAUCGCUCAGCGAGACUCCGCCCACAUCGCUCAGCGAGACUCCGCCCACAUCGCUCAGCGAGUCCCUCCCGACGGCGUCGGACUCUGCCGUCCUGCCCUGCAGCGAGGACUGUCCGUCCAUCAGGGCAGAGCUGGACUCUGACGAUGAUUCCUGUCGGCUCUAUGGUCACGUUUCUCUGCACGACCCGCCGCCGGCGCCCGUCAAGGACCUGCCGCCGCUCCCGCCCCAGCCUGGCGCCUGCAUGGCCGACACCGAGGCCGGCAGGACCCUGAAGAGUUCAGCCGCCAAGACCAAGAAACCGGCAGCUCUCCCAGCAGGGACGCUGCCGAAGGCCUCGGGGGGGAUUCCUGCCGCCCAGAACGGGAGGUCUGGGAAGGCCGGCAGCUCGGUGGGCUCUCUGAAGACCCCGUCCGGCCUCGACGCCAAACCCUCGUCCAGGAACUCCCUCGGAGGCUCCCGGGUGGGAGCGGCUAGACCUUCCUCCUCCGCUUCCAGAGCUGCAGGUUCUGCUGGUGGUUCUGCAGGUUCUGAGGGGGGCGCGGUGUACGUGGACCUGGCCUACCUGCCGUCUGGCUGUGCCUGCUCCACCGUGGACCAGGACUUGUUCCGGCGUCUGAGAUCCUCGUAUUACAUCAUCAGCGGAGACGAGCCGGCCAAGGAGGAGGCCAUGAGGACCAUCCUGGACGCUCUGCUGGACGGGAAGAGCUGCUGGCCUGAUACACAGGUGACCCUGAUCCCGACGUUUGAUUCGCUGGCGAUGCACCAGUGGUACCAGGAGACCCAGGACCGGCAGAGGGCUCUGGCGCUGACCGUGCUGGGCAGCAACAGCACCGUGGCCAUGCAGGACGAGACCUUCCCCGCCUGCAAGGUGGAGUUCUGACCCGUCGCCACGGCUACGCCCCCACCGGUGCCACGGCUACGCCCCAACCGCACCGACGGGGGGCGCCAGAAUCGGCAAGAACAUUCCGAUGAGUCACAGGCGCUCUUAUUCUGAAGGGCAGGAGAGACAGGAAGUCCAGGUUCUGCUCUCUGAAAUAAGAAACGGUUUCCUGCACAUGUGUGAUGUCACUUCCUCUUUUAGUUUUUUUUAUUAAAUAUUUGAGAAUUUAAACGUUAGAAGCUGAUGUUUGGGGUGUGUCUGUGAUCCCCGUACAGAACCGGUUCCCCUCCCUAAAAUAAGAAACCGUUUCCUGCACCUGUGUGAUGUCACUUCCUGUCUGCUGGAUCAGAACUAUUUUUAUUUUUUUUAUUCAAUAUUUUCAGAAAACAAACUUUAGAAUCAUCGUCGUUUCUCUGAACAACACGAUGUCUGUCUCUGGGCAACGAUCGCAAUCACGCUGUAAUAACCAGAGGGCGGGGGUUGCUACGUAGCGUUAGCUUGCUACGUAGCGUUAGCUUGUCCCGUAGCAUUAGCUUGUUACGUAGCGUUAGCUUGUUUUACGUAGCGUUAGCUUGUUUUACGUAGCAUUAGCUUGUUAUGUAGCAAUAGCUUGUUACAUAGCGUUAGCUUGUUAUGUAGCAUUAGCUUGUUUUACGUAGAAUUAGCUUGUCCCGUAGCGUUAGCUUGUUAUGUAGCAAUAGCUUGUUAUGUAGCAUUAGCUUGUUUUACGUAGCGUUAGCUUGUUAUGUAGCAAUAGCUUGUUACGUAGCGUUAGCUUGUUAUGUAGCGUUAGCUUUUUUUACGUAGCAUUAGCUUGUUAUGUAGCAUUAGCUUGUUUUACGUAGAAUUAGCUUGUCCCGUAGCGUUAGCUUGUCCCGUAGCGUUAGCUUGUCCCGUAGCGUUAGCUGUGGCGUUCCAGAUAAAGUUUUGAUCCAGCAGAGUUUUUAAUUUCACGCGUAUGAUUGUGUUGCCGUGAUGUUUUUUGGGAGCACAUGUUGCCUAGCAACUGAUUAUUGUUGAUUCUGUCCAAGCGGCAGCGUCCGGUCCGUGCCUGGCUCUAAAGACUACAUUUCCCAUGAGCCUCUGCUCUCGGGGGGCGGUCUCUUUCCCAGAGCCCAAAAAUCUCAAAGUGAAUUAAUCCAAAAGUCUUUUAUUUUUUAUUUUUUUUAAAUAAUAUUUUAUAAGGAGUUAAUCUGCCCGGCGACAGAGGGGUUUCCCGCUCUCUGCAGCAGCAGCAGUGCCUUCUGGGAGUUGUAGUGCUGAUGAAAGUUGUCCUCUUUUAUUUCGGCCUGUCGGCUCUAAAAAUCAACACAUUUCAAUCUUUAACUUAUUUAUUUAUUUUGAUUUUUGUCCUUUUUUUAAAUUCUGGUAUGAGCCUGAUCUUUGGUACCUUUUGAAUUAACCUUUAUCGAUCGGGGAAACGUUAACGAGACGUUUAGAGGCUGUAACCUUGUUCACAUGAAGUCAUCGUUUAUAGACAAACACUCUUUCAUGUUUCGGAGUCACUCUCACUUCAGUUCUGAGAAUAUUUGGGCUUUUUCUCUGAAUAAUGACUUUGUCUUCAUAAUGUUACAACUUCUUAAAGCCAUAAAUGUGUUAAAGAUGUCAUUUAUUUUGAUGUUACGCCCAAAACACACAUAGACACACACACACACACCCAAAACGCACACACACACACACACACACACACACACACACAGAGACACACACACACACACACACACACACACACACAGACACAGAGAGACACACACAGAGACACACACAGACACACAGAAAAACACACGCUGUACUGAAACACUAAUUUUUAUGAUUCUUUCAAAAUAAAAGUAGCCCUUUAACAGUG